GUAGGGCUGAAGAACCAGCGGGGACCUGAACCCGGACAGAAGAGAUGAAGAUAUUUAUAUUCUGUCAUUCUGUCAUUUUUUCCUGCUCCUCAUCGUUCCUGAAUCCUGAUCUGAAUACGAAUACGCGUGGACCCCAGAAAUUCCUGUCUGGUCGCUUGCACCGCCCCACGUUUGGAAGAAACCAUCUGUUACGUUGACGGAGGCGUAAUUUCGGGGCCUCUCCUGAACUCCCUUUCAACAACGUCAGAUCUUUUGUUUCUUUCUCUUGCUGGGUUGGAUCUCUGUUUCUUGUUUCCUCCUGGCUCUGAUUCUCUCCACUCUGUGUGCGCGUGCCUUAUUUUCUUAUUUCCAGCUCUUGCUGUCGGCCUCUUGAAUUCGCUAUUUGCUACUUACGUCAACUGCCAUGGCGUACAACAAAUCCUACAACCCCGAUGCGCUGCCUGCACACGCAGAGCCAGAACAGGUCGCCCAGAUGAUCGGUGCAAUGCAGGUAAAGCCUUCAUCGUCUCGCCCACCGGCACAUCCCACGGCCAGCGGUAUCCCUCCUCGAGUGCCCGUCUCCAGCGCCCCCCACGGCCCUGCAGGCCCAUACGCUGCCUCUGCCCCCAAGCACAACAACGGGAUGCGCCCGCCUCCAGUCUCAGCGCCGCCGACCCAAUACCGACCCAGUCCCCAGCAGCACUCGCUGCAUCCUUCCCCUCCGCCGCAGAACUAUGGCUUUGGGCCUCCUCCCUCUCACCCAAUGCGCACUCGCCCUCCGGCCUCCCGGCCCCCUCAAUCCCAAUCCCCUUACCAGCCUCCAUUAUCCGCCCCCGAUGAUGACCCGCAGCAGCUGUUUCCCCUUUUCCGCGCCGCCAACGCGUCCCACUCGGGCGCCCUCACUGAGAUGGAGCUGGGCUCCGCUCUCGUGAACGGUGACUUUACCUCGUUCCACCCAAAGACCGUCAAGAUGAUGAUCCGCAUGUUUGACCGGAAUGGCAGCGGGACUAUCUCGUUUGACGAGUUUGUGUCGCUGUGGAAAUACCUGGCUGCAUGGCGGGAACUGUUUGAUCGAUUCGACGAGGAUCGCAGCGGGCGCAUCAGUCUGUAUGAGUUCGAGAACGCGCUGGCUGCGUUCGGAUAUCGGCUCAGUCAGCCGUUCGUCACGGUGCUGUUUACGACCUUUGAGAGUAAAACGCGACAGAUGAGUGGACCGGCUAAGAGUCCGGGACAGCUGGGGAUGAGCUUUGAUUUGUUCGUGCAGGCGUGUAUUAGUCUGCGACGCAUGACAGAUGUGUUUAAGCGGUAUGACGACGACCGCGAUGGAUAUAUCACAGUGAGCUUUGAGGAGUUUUUGACAGAGAUUCUACAGUUACAGGAUUGAACGAGGCAUCUCAGCGUGUUUUUGUUUAUAUUAUACCCC